AUGGCUUCUCAUCGACGUGUAACCGAAUUGGCUCUUCUUAAACGGAAAAUUGAAACUCGAUUUUUCGAGAAAAAAGUGAGCCCCGGACAAGUCGUGAAUAAGUUUAUUUCAGAAUUAGACAUUUUACUUCAAAAUCUACAUAAUACAAAUAUUGAUUGUAAAGAUAAACGACAUAAACAAUAUGAACAACGACAUCAACAAAAUAUUUCAUAUGAUAACUUCUUAACAAUGAUUCAAUCAAAUCAAGUACCAAUUAUUAUGAAUACUUCUAUGAUGUCGAACAAGAAAACAAAUUAUCAUCGAUUAGUUAAACGACUAAAACAUAAGUUUUAUUUAUCAAAUAUAAUUGUACAAAAAACUGAUAAAUCUAAAGUAUUCCAUUUAGGUAAACUUCAAGAUUACCAUAAGAAAUCCAGUGAAUAUAUGAAUAAAACAGCAGCAUAUACAUGUUUAGGUGCAAAUGAUCCAUCAGCUGAUUUAAUUGAUCGUACAAAUAAAUAUCUAUUAGAUUUACGAUUAGCUCAUUGGAUUACUCAAAAACAGUAUGAAGAAUUGUCAAUUAAACCAAAUGAAGUGAAAUUAGCACACUUAUAUUAUUUACCAAAAGCACAUAAAUCUGGCACUCCACUGCGUCCAAUUGUCUCCGGAUUAAAACACCCGACUAUUAAAAUUUCAAGACUCCUCGAUAAAAUGCUUCGACCAUUAUCUGAUCGACUAGCACGUGAUACAACAAUUACUUCAGGAUCUGAAUUAAUUAAAAAAUUAUAUAAUGUAAUUGAUUUGUAUACAAUGAUACCACAAACUGAAGGAAUAUUAGCAAUCAGAAGAAUGCUAGAUUAUCUUAAUGUUAAACAAGUCGAUGGUUUGAAAAUUGAAACAAUUAUUAGAUUAGGCCGAUUUGUAAUGCAAAACAAUUAUUUCCAGUACAAUAAUCAAUUCUAUCAUCAAGUACGUGGUGGUGCAAUGGGUUCACCAUUAACUAUGACUAUGGCUAAUUGUUAUAUGUAUUUUUUUGAACAAAAAAUAGUGAAGCAGAUACAAAAUAGUGGUGGUAUCUAUGUUCGUUAUAUUGAUGAUAUUUUCAUAUCUAUAAAUUGGCCAUAA